AUGACUACUGUGAUGAUAACAUCUGAAAUGGAUGCGGCUCUGGCCUUGUUGGAAUUACACAGGAAUAAUUAUGUGAAAGUAAAUACCCGACCAAUAGCCAAUAUGGAUGGGCCAGUUCAUAUUGCAACAAUGAUUAACGGUUGCAUAACUUCCAAGAAUUCGCAUUCACCGAGUACUAGCCCUAAAGAUAAAACAACCGCUGAACAAAAAUCGUGGAUGGUGUCGCCAGAAAGGAAAAUACGAAAAACCAGUCCAGUCCCCAAGGAGAAAAUAAAAUACGAAGUAGCAACCCAAACGGAUAUCGAAAUAGGUAUACCUAAAAAAGAAAAAUUGGAAAAAGUAAUUAAACAAUUACAUUCCAAAAUCGAAGAACUGGAAGCGGAACUUAAAACCAGAGAGCCAGAGACCCUUUCAGUUCCAGACCCAUUAGAACAAAGGACAGACUGUUCGAGUGAUGACUACUUCAGACCACAGCAGAGGAGGCGAUCGCAUAAACAAAACAGAAAUUUGACAGUCACCACUGACUUCAGUUCAAUUGGAGAUUACGAUUCUACAUUUAAUAAAGAUGAAGAUACUAUAGAGAAUGAUGUAAAGCGAAUAAAAGCUUCGACGCCGAUAAAUACUGUUAAAAAUAAUAAAGACAAGGUGCCUAUUGGAGACGGAAACGCUGUGGUCCCAGCCAGGCUUCUUAAGCAUAUGGAUUGGACUUCAUACACAAACGCUACAAGGAAACUACUAACUGCUGUAUUUUCGAGAAAAGUACUGGCGACCUACUCUUUAACUGGAAAACCUUCACCAGCAUUUCCAGACAAACCUGCUAAAAAGAAGCUAGAUCCAAUGUUGGUAAAUGACAUUGUGCAAACGGUCGUAGAAAAAUGUUGCGUCCCCGAAAAGGUUGUCAGAGUACUAGCAACCCACUUUUUUACUGGAAAACCUUCACCAGCAUUUCCAGACAAACCUGCUAAAAAGAAGCUAGAUCCAAUGUUAGAAAAUGACAAUUUGCAGACGGUAGUAGAAAAGUGUUGCGUCCCCGAAAAUGUUGUCAAGUAUAAUAAGAAAAUGCGAUAA